UCCGACAAACGGUCAAGGUGUGUAGAUGCACGGGUCGACCGACCUGUCAUUGGGUCGCGGUGUUUUGUUGUUUAGAGCGAGUCGCAUUAUCAUCGUUUCCUUUCUGCGGAUAAAACGGUGAAUUAAGCAGAAAAGCGAAUCAUUUCACUCGUUUUAGGACUGGAAAGCAAGUACUCAUCCCCACGGAAGGUAAUUGCGCUUGGUAAAUACAGUCUCCAGUCGAGUUCUGGUUCUGGCCGCCACAUUAGCUAGAACUUGCAGCACCAACAAGGGAACAAAUCUUCCACUUCGCAUCGAGAGUGAUUCACCUCGGAAGAAAACACACACACACGUCCGCAAUGACCAGCACCGGCAGCAGUAGAAAGGCAACAUCCUCCUCCUUCCCGACACCGUUGAGCGUGGUGGCAUUAGGAUUUCUAUUGCUUCUGCUAGUCCGACACAGCACGCAGCAGGGCGAUUUCAACGAUUACCUGAAACGAGAGCAUUCCCUGUUCAAACCGUAUCAAGGAUCGGGCAUGACAAUACCGUACUGGGAUUUCAUAGGCACCACCUUUGUUACAAACUCGUACGUACGGCUGACGCCGGAUCUACAAUCGAAAAAUGGAGCCAUUUGGAAUCAUGUGCCUUGCACUUCGAUUAACUGGGAGCUGCAGGUAAACUUCAAGGUGCACGGCAAAGGAAAGGAUCUGUACGGCGAUGGCUUUGCGCUGUGGUACGCCCGCGAUCGCCUGCAAUCGGGUGCGGUUUUCGGCAGCAAGGACAACUUCAUGGGACUGGCCAUCAUUCUUGACACGUACAGCAAUCACAACGGCCCCCAUAACCACCAGCAUCCCUACAUUAGCGCCAUGGUGAACAAUGGCAGCCUGUCGUACGAUCACGACCGCGACGGGACGCACACGCAGGUGGCAGGAUGUGAAGCCAAGUUCCGCAACGUGGAAUUUGACACACAGAUCAGCAUUCGGUACGAGAACGACGUGUUAUCCGUGUUUACCGAUCUGGAGAACAAAAACACCUGGAAGGAAUGCUUCCGAGUGGAAGGUAUCAAACUGCCCACGGGGUACUACUUCGGUGCGUCGGCCACGACCGGCGAUCUGUCCGACAAUCACGACAUCAUCUCGAUCAAGUUCCACGAGCUGGAAGCGCCGUCGCUGCUUGCGGAGGAUCGCCGUCAGAUCAUCCCAUCGGCGGCCACCUUUGAAGCACCGCGCGAGCAUAAAGACGAUCCGAAGCCAGGCAUGUCGAAUGUGAAAAUUUUCUUCCUCAUCCUUCUGUCGAUGCUGAUCGUGGUGGUGCUGGUAGUGAUCGGAAUCAUGUUCUACCAGAAGCAUCAAGAAAACGCGCGAAAACGUUUCUACUAAACUUUGGAGGCACGCUUCUGUCCGGCGAGAGCAGUUCGAUUAGUGCCGUCGAAUGGCGAAGUGGUAGUCCUCGCUCGAAAAGACGAACCGUGACUGAAUCACUCACACACAAACAUUAAAUGUACCAAACAAAAUUAGGGAUUUUUAGGAAAAUUCUUGUACACAUCUCAAUGGACUAGCGAAAAGUAGGCAGACCCAAUGAAGUGGACCAGCGAUUGAACGCAACGGAAAGGAACAAACAGUACCCGAUCACCGACCAUUUCCUCGCGCACCACCAGUCCCCCAUGCAUCACCAUGACUGCUGCACAGGAGAGGACUCAUUACUUCUGUUGUACAUCAUUCUUUCCUCUCGCUAUGCAGACCAGAAUGGCUGUUUAGGUUUAUUUCGCACGAACAAACUGCUAAUUGCAACACAUACGAACUAAUUCGUGCUCACCGGCCGGGCCAACCUUUUCCUAACCGUAAACCUUCCAUGGUAAUGGGUUUCACUGGCUGACGGUUUUUUUUGUUUGUUUAUUUUGUUUUGUCGAUGCUAAAUGUAUGAACUAUAUGAUGGAUUUCAGUUUAAUAGUGUUUAGUGUGGGGUUGUUCCUACCGAAUCGGCAGAAUUGAAGGCUUUAUGGGUAUAAGGAAAUGGAAAGGGAGGAAAAUUAUGUCCACCAUGAAUCAAUCUAACGACGAAUACAGAGAGAAAAUGACAAAACCAUUA